CGUGAAUUCAAUUUACACAGUCGACUUCCGGCGAAGUCCCUUGAAAUCACGACCCUAGACCGUGAUGCCGCCCUCGCGCACGCCGUCGACGAGCGCCUUCACGCGGCCGUGGAAGAGGUACUUGUGGCUGCCCGAGAAGCGGUCGAAGUAGAGUUUGUCGAGGCCCUUGGCCUUGGCGCGCUCGGCCAGGAGCGCGCCGACGCGGCCCGCCGCGGACCGGUCGUUCCCCUUGGGGUUCUCCGAUUUGAUGCUCUCGUCGAGCGUCGACGCCGCGCAGACGGUGUUACCCUCCUUAUCGUCGAUGACCUGGGCGUAGAUGUGGUUGUUCGACCGGAACACGUUCAGGCGCAACCGGCCCUUGUCCUGCGGGGGAGAAGCAUGUCAGCCGCAGUUUCGCGGGCAAAGAAUGGUGGGCGCUGUCGCGCACCUGGUUGGCGAUGCGCUUUCGUCGGAUGCGGUACGCGAUUUGGCUCCCGCUGGCCGCUAAAGCCGUCGCUUGUUUGGGUGCUGCUGGCGCCACGAAGCCGCUAGCCGCGACGGCUAAAAUUGCGAGGGUCACUCCGCGAAGCAUGAUAUUGCUCUAAGCCGACGGCAGUUUGCGCCGCGCGCCCUCCGCGGCCGCGUUUGUUGCCGUCGCUAUGCGAUUGCAGUCG